AUGGCGUUUUCACUUUGCAAAACGACUCCAUUCACUUCAUUCUCUACCAAAAACGCUAGCAUCGAACCAUCACUAGGGUUUACCAGAAGAAGAACCAUCGGGGUUGUCAAGUUUUCUCUAAGCAGCAGCGAUGGAAAGAAAGCAAGCGUGGUAUCCAAUUCCAAUUAUGUAGUACCUAUUGACGAUUCCCUUUCAUUCUCCAAUUCAUCGGCAACCAUAACUCGUCCUCUAGCUGAAAUUCUCAGAGACCUCAACAAAAAAAUUCCAGACACUCUCGUCAAACCACCUCACGAUCCAUCCUCACCCACCUUCAUCCCCUGGUAUCAUGCCAAUAGGAUGUUGAGCUUCUAUGCUCCAGGAUGGUGUGGAGAGAUACGUGAUGUGAUUUUCUCCGAUAAUGGAACUGUAACUGUUGUAUACCGACUUACUGUACGCGGAUCUGAUGGAGAGGCAUAUCGCGAGUCAACUGGGACAGUAUCAACUACUGAUGCCUCCAUUACUGAUCCAGUUUCAACAGCAGAGGAAAACGCUUUCUGUAAAGCAUGUGCUCGGUUUGGUCUUGGCUUAUACAUGUAUCAUGAAGAUAAAACCAGUGGCAUUUAA